CACAUCUACUCUCUUUUUUUACAGUUAAUGGUGACGAUUAUAACCUUUAUAAUAAUGUGCAUCAUUUUCUUUAUUCAUUUUUUUAUUAAUUUUAUUCAUAUAUAGCAAACAUAUUUUAUUCCUAAAAUUAAUGCAAGACAACAUGAAAUCUGUUUGAGGCUGCGUUAAAUUGGUUACAAUCUUUGAAGCAAAGACUUUGAUUGUUUCUGAUUACUGACUGCCACAACUCAUUCAGAAAUAUGUCGGGAAAAGGAAAGCAAAGUUCUAAAAAGGCUGUUGUCAAGGCACGUGAAUCAGGGAAGACGGCUCAGUCUUCACUGAUGAACUCUGACACAAGUCCAGAAGCACCAGAGCCCACAACGUCUCAGAUUAUUUUAAAAACUAUCGAUAACAGUCGACAUUUGCCAAAAUAUAUCAGCAUCUUGAAACGCUCAGCAGAAGAAGGUGUAGGCAUGGAAGAUCUUGAUGAACUACAAUUGGAACUUGAGACUCUUCUGUCGGCAGUUGUUGUAAGACAUCGUACACUUCAGGAUGAAAUUACUAAUUUAUCCUCAGCGGAAGAACGUAGAGAUAGAAGAUCAAAAAGUGGGAAGAAUUUGUCUUUAAUAGAUAAAAAAGUGCGCGAGGAGAAAUUCAAGCCGAAAGAAGUGAAUGCUAAAAGUCAAUCACCUAUACAUACAAAACUCUUCAAGCAGAAAGCAAUGGGAAGUUCAACCAGUCAGGUGGUACCAAACUUACACGAUAUUACAAGGAUUGAGGGAUCUAAGUCGGAUGUGCCAAAAUUGCUUCUACCGAAAAAUGACACACCCAACAAGUUCUGGGCAUCGGUGGAUCCUUACUGUACCGACAUCAUGCCCGAUGACAUUAAAUUAUUAGAAGAAUUGGUUGCUACGCAUGGUGAUAUAAGUGAAUUCAAGAAGAUUCCUCCUUUGGGCCGUCAUUAUAGUUUAAUGUGGGCACACAACGAUCUGCUGCAAGAGGAGGAUGCAGCAAAUGUGAACAGGGAAAAGAAGAAAAGUCGUACAGAUAUGUCGCAUUUGAUAUCGAAAAAUGAUAAAAAAGCUAAUGGCAUCGCAGGACCUCUUACUCAGAGACUGGUUUCUGCACUGUUAGAGGAGAAUGUGUACGUCGCGAAUAAUAACACUGAGAAUAAAUUAUUUCGAGAUGGGGAUCCACCUGUCUUGAGAGAUCUCACCAUUCAGAAUUCCAUUAACUUGGAACUACGAAUGCAUAAAGAGCUGGUUGAACAAGGAUUCUUAGAACCUGACACACAGAAGAAGGAUCAAGAAGACGAUGAAAUUUUAGCGGAAAUUAAAAGAUGUCAGCAGGAACUUACUGCAUUGUCUAAUCACAAUGUUACGCAGCUGAAAAGAUUACUAAAUCUAGCUCAAGAUGAGAGUAAAAGGCAAGCGUUAAAACGGAAAAUUAGUGUUGCCGACAAUGAGGUGAUCGAGCAUUAUAAGAAAUUGACACUUGCGAAACAGAGAAAAGUUCCACUGACGAGAAAAGACCAGGAGAAAGCAUGGACAUGCCUUCGAGAACGAGAGAAUCUUUUAGAACAAUUAAAUUCUACCAAAUAAUAAUUCAAUAGAAUCUAUGAGGUUUAUCAGCGAAACGGAAUAAUUUAAGAAUAUUUGUUAAAUAUUCUAUAUAGUACAACGUUAUAGAAUACAAAGUAUAUAUAGAGUCUUCAGUUUAUCAUGAAGAAUAUUCCUUGCAGUGUUUGCAUAUGACAAUGCUAUAAACUAUUACUUUCUUAUGCUAAGAAAUAUAUAUAGAUUUAAUACAAAUAAAAAUACUUGCGCAUAUUGUGAUAAAAAUUAAUUUAGAAAUUAAUUUUAGAAAAAAAUAGAAUCUAUUAAUCUAAUAUACCAAAGCACAUAAGAUUACAAGAUUAAUUCACAAAUUCUGAAAAAAACUUUGAAUCUAAAUAAUGUGUAUGAACAAAUUUUUUUAAAUUUAAUUCCGAAAAUAAUGGAUAUUAUAAUCAAAUUAAUCACAUUUUAUAACAUAUGUAUUAAUAAUUACCAUAUGAAAUUGACAUAAUUCACAUGGUGAAACUAGGUUUUACUUGUAAUUUCAUCAAUUAUUUAAAAAUAUCAUUUCAUUAUAUUAAUUUUUACUUAUACCUCCCCCUUAUUAUAUGCCAAUAUCUUUCUUUAAUGCAAACUUUUAACAUAAAGUUUAUAAUUUAUAACACUACAAAGAAAAUCUUCAUAUAA